AUGAGCUCAUUGGAUUCUGAGUACCCCACAAAUCCUGAUUAUGAUGACAAUGUGUCAGUAACAUCAUCAAACGAAGGCUCCGUGUUUUCCAUUUCGUCUCUCGCAUCUUCCGCUACUGAUCUAUCAAAGGGUAGCGGAUAUUCUGCAGUGCAAAUUGCGACAGCAACUCGAGAGUUGCUUUCAAUAUUUCGAGACGAUGACAAUCUCCAACCACUCUACACAACCGCCAUUCAUGGUAUCGUUGGACCUCGGAGAUUUGCGAACACUUUCAGGCGGCUGCUGAAAGCGUUUGCUGAUAGACUCAAAGACGAGGCACAGGAUCGCUUGGAUUUUCUUGCUGCUCGUUUGGUGGCGUUAAAGGCACGAGAGAUCUCAGAAGCCAUAUUGGAGAGAUAUCAGCUAGGCAAAGCGCCAGAGUUGGACGAACUAGAAGAAAGAGAAGUAACUCUCUCUAGGCCUGAUGAUCAGGACUCGUCGGACGAAGAUGAAUACGAGGAAACAAACGUGGAUGAAACUGUCUUUGAAGAGCUCACGAACAUCCGCGAGUUUCUGAUUCAGAGUGCAGCAUUUAGGCUGCUCCGGGCGGACUUGCAAAACUUCGUAUCGGCGAAAAGGUGGUCGAGAAAGCCGACAAUCGUGCAGCAGGACGAUAUGAAUGUAGAAGGAGGAAUCAACGAAUCUCAGAAGCCGGACCCGCGAACUGAUGCGCAUGCACGAUCAAUGGAGUCCGCCAUCGAGAGCGACUGCUUUGAGAUGCUCAAUCAUGACCGACCGCUACUUGAAUUGUACCUGUACGCCUUUCGUGUUCUGGGAAUAGAUCGCUUUGUCGACGAUUUCUCCGAUUUGCUACACAGCAAUGCUCACGCGCCUCUCGAUCGCAAGGUGGAUAGCAGUAUAGAAGAUAGCAUUGACGAACAGCUAAUCACCACAUGGCAGCCCAUCGCUUCUGCUAUCGCACUGCGUCUGGAGAUCGUCGACGCUAACUUAGCAUCUGAGAAGGACGAAAAAUGCGGCACGGAAACAGAUACGAGCUUCCUCCUGGAAUUGCUGUCCAGAGAAGGAGACGACCUCAAAUGUCCUGCACCCUACGAUAAUCUCAAUAGAGACCUCGCACUCCUGGUCUGUCGCGACCCAUUGCGGCAACUUCUUUCAAGUGUACCAAAACGCGCGAUCGACUUGUCGGAGAGGAACGAUACAUCAUUAUCCAAUAAAACCAAGGCUUUCCUUGAGGAUCACACAAUGGCGGAAUGGGACUGGUGGCCCUUAGCUCCUCGCGUACCUGAGAUUGCGUAUGGAGAAUGCCGUCUCCAUUGGAAGUUCGGCGGAGUUCAAUUAUAUGAGACAUUGUCUUCGCUCGAAUCGAACAUCAUUCGCAACUCCACACCGCAGAUUGCAGGUCAGCCAGUCACCAAUCCGUCGAUCGUAGUCCCAGACCCAUCAUUGCGCGUCCUUUUCGGAGUGCAAGGAUCGCGAUGGUCUCUAGAAGUCGAGCAGAUCAGUACAGCUCUGCUGAACGAUCCCGCUUUCUUCCGCGAGCUCAAAACACGAUACAAGAAACAUCGACAUUGGAUCAAGAGACUCAUUUCACCAUUUCGCUUUCGAUUCUGCCGCUUCGUCAAACUCGAAAAGUUCGACGCCGGGCGAGUCUUGUCCCAAGGCGACGACCUCCCCGACUACCCUAGCGUUAAAGACGACUACGAAUACGACCCAGGACCAGGUACAAACCCCAUGAUAUCACCCAAAACAUUCGCAGUCUGCCUCAAAGCCUGCGACAUGAACUGCAAAUGGCCAUGGCUCAACCCAUGGCACGAUUGUAAAAGCGAGUUCGACAUACAGUCCGACGAUGCCAUCGCUGUUGCUUGGGGACUAGAGGCUGAUCACGCAAUCUCCUUCGCUUUCAUGGCAGUCUAUCACCUCGUGCCAUUACUUGCCGCAUUCGGCUUCUGGAUCUAUUGGCUGAUCAAGUUUCCCGGUGACUGGCAAAACGCUGCAGUACCAGUGCUGACUGUAUUGGCAAUCUUUGCAGUAUUGUGGGUGCCAUUUGGCAAACAUCUUGGAAUAGUCUAG